AUGACAUCAUCAUUAUCUAUAUAUGAUAGUGAACAAUAUUUAUUUGAAAUAGCACAAAAUUUUAUGCGUACACGUAUCAUAUUUACAUCAAUAGAAUUAAAAAUAUUUGAUUUACUUUUAUCAUAUAAUGAUGGUUUAUUAUGUUGUGAUAUAGCUAAACAUUUAAAUUUACAUUAUAUUGAAAAUGAAUCAAGAUGUCUUCAAGAUAUACUUGAUUGUUUAACAUCAAUGAAUUUUUUAGAACGUAAUAAUGAAAAUUUUUCAUAUAAAUUAACAAAAUUUACACGAAAUUUUCUUCUUCCUAAUCGAAAAAUUUUAUUAAAUAUUGAUCAAGAAUUUUAUCUAAAUAUGCCACAAUUCGAUAAUAUUCUUCUUAAUAAUUCAUCAAAAGAUUCAAUUCAUCAAUUAAUGUUAUUACGUAUUAAACAAUUAAUUGAUUUAACAAAUUAUUCGAAUAUUUCAAUUGAUUCAAUUGAUAAAGAUGCAGAUGUUAUUAUUAUUUGGAGACAAGAUGGUUUAUUAAAAGAAAAAAUUAAACAAGUAUAUGAUAUAUUACCAAUAAAUGGAAAAGGUCUUCUUAUUUUAAUUGUACCUAAUGAUGAAUAUGAUGAAGUUACAUUAGCACUUAAUCUUUAUAUGAAUAUGAUAACAACAAUUAAAGAACAAGAAAAUCCAAAAGAUUUAUAUUCGAAAAAAUUUCUUAAACAAAUCGGAUUUCGAUCAAUUGAAAGAAAACAAUCAACAGAUGGUUUACAACUUUUACUUGCUUAUAAAUAA